AUGGCUCGUUUAAUUUUGGAUACGAAUUGUUUUGCAUACAAUAAUAAAUACUAUAAACAAAUUCGUGGUGCAGCAAUGGGUUCAGCAUUUACACAAGUUUUAGCUAAUAUUUAUAUGUUUGAAUGGGAACAAGAUCUAAUUCAAUAUCAAGAAAAACAUAAUGGAAUAUAUGGAAGGUUAAAUUCCAUCGAAGAAAUCUAUCGUGAACUUGAAAAAGCACAACAUAAAGAUAUUAAUAUUAAAAUUACAACUAUAAUAAGUACAUCUGUACAUUUUCUCGAUGUUACUAUUACAAAUGGGAAUGGAAAAUUAAGAACAUCGAUUUAUCAUAAACCAACGACUGAACCAUAUAUUUUAUCCUAUACAUCUGACCCUCCACGUCAUAUUCAUCGUAAUAUUCCAUAUGAAGCAUUAUUACGUGCUGCUCGAAUUUGUUUACAUGUCAAUGAUUUUUAUUUCGAACGCAUUCGUAUUGAUAUGUCAUUAUUAUUCAAUCAUUAUCCACCAAGUUAUAUUAAUAAACAAAUCAAUCGAUUCUUUCGUUUAAAUAAUGCAAUGUCGGUAUUACAUGAAUUAAACGAAGAUGUUUACCAUCAUUUACAUCAAACAUUAUUACGUCAACCAACACGUCGUGAGAAAACACUUAUAAACAUGAUGCAUCAUCCAACUAUAACGACUGGUGCAACGCCAGAGAAGCUUUUCUGGCGUAAUUUUGAUUACGCAAAUAUGAUUGAUUAUAAUCUUGUUGAAAUUUAUGGACCACAAGUAACAAAAAUUUUUGAAACACAAGCAAAGUUCUUGCUUCAAGAUGCUCGUGUCCUUGCCCUGGUUACAACAUCGUCAAUAGCUUAUUUUUCGAAUCAAUCAACAAUCUUACUUGAUAAUUGUAAUUAUAUGAAAAAAGGUCUUGCUUCGUACAGUUUAAUUACAACAUGUUCCGGUGUAUUCAUUUUAACAAAUGGUGAACACCAAUUUGCUCUUUUUGUGUACUCAAAAAGUGAGUACACUCUAGAAUCGGUCAGUAUGUCCGUCCGUCCGGCCGUUAACACGAUAACUUUUGAAAGGAGAGUCCAACAGCGAUGAAAUUUUCUACACAGUUCAGUCUUAACAAUGUCUCGGUCGAGUUCGAAGAUGAGAAGAAUUGGCUGAACCAUUCCUGAUUUAUUGCAAAAAUACUCAUUUUUUCCUAUGGGUUCCUAUGCGAAAAUCGACCCAUCACCGCUUUCGUAAAAAACUUUUCCUAUCAUACUCAAAAUAAAACCCCAACUAUUAUAUACCAUUCGAUAGAGAAUUUCACGAGCUACAAAAUGGUAUAUAAAGCAUUAAAAAUUUGAGCUCAAACUUUUGAGCCAAGGAAAGGGUUUUUUGAGAAAACAACGAUAUUUUAUAAAGGUUGACGAAAGCAAAUCGGGGUCGAGGAAUCUGAAUUUGAAGUCAUACUUUGAAAAUUUUGAACUCCAUUUUUUGGGUCAAAGAAAGAGUUUUUUAGGAAAACAACGAUAUUUUAUAAAGGUUGACGAAAGUAAAUCGGGGUCGGUGAAUCCGAAUCUGAAGUCAGAUUUUGAAAAUUCUAAACAAAAGUUGUUGGAUUAAGGAAUCGUUUCUUCACUUUUUUAUCUCACAACUUACUCACUUGGGUGUAGUGAAUUUAUAGAUUAAACUGUUUUCUGUCCAAUUGAGACCUUCUUUAGCUCAAAGGACCAAACCGUUCACGAGACAAGGUUAAAAUGCCGAGCAUACACUCAAGAUAGUUAAUUUUUAUUAUUAAGCUGUCUGAAAUAUUCAUCCUUGAGCGCACUAAGGAACUGCCCCUUAGGACCUGCGGAUGCCCUCUUUUUGUCCCGUCGGACGUGGCGAUGAGUUAGUUCUGGAAGUUUUAUUCAUUCGCAUAAACUUCUUUGCUUUAGCUGAAUCGUGUUUCUUUUUAUAAGCUCAUGUUAAUUAUGUCAAAGUGCGGUACAAAUUGUUGAGGAUUAUCUUCAAAAGGCAAGAGAGCAUCAUAAUGACUACCAUUGUAGUAAACACAUAAUCCUAAUUUAUUCAUAUCAGAUUUGUAUCCUACGUAUUUCAAAUGGCCACCUGCUGUCCGUUCAUUAAAUCGAUCGAUCAAUUCCUCCAAGCU